GGGCUGGAUGCCUUUCCCCGGCUGGACCCCCCACCCCCAGUUGCCAAGAAGCGGACGCCACGUGCCCUGAAGACCCCGCAGGACAUGCUCAUCGCGCCACAGCCAGUGGGGACCAGCCUAAGGAGCAGCAUGGAGGAGCCCCCUGAACCACCCACAGACCACCCUGACGCUGCAGAGAAGCAGCUGGGGAUGAGGGACCUGUCCCCUCCAGAAUGUCCUGGGGUCCCCAGCAUGACAGGCACUCCAGAGCCCAGUGGGGACCAGCCCACCAGUGCCUUCCCUGUGCCUGACCUUAUCCAUAAGGGCAGCCUGGAGAGCCAAUGGCGAGCAGGCGAGAGGGCCACUGAGACCUCACCCCGCACAGAGAAGCCCUCCCGGAGACAGGGGCUGGAGCACGAGCCACUGGGAAGCACAGGGCGGCCAGAGGCAUGCACCCCCGGCUGGGAGGUGGAGGGCCCCCAUCCCGACCUACUGUCCUUCGAGUAG